CACGUGCAGACAAAUAAUAAUUGACAUUGGUUCUCUGACUCUCACGGUACUUUUGCCAGUGUACUGCUCGCUACUCCUGCUUAUCUGCUAUUGUGCCCGAAACCCCCACUGUCAUAACAAAGAAGCGAAACCCAUUAUUUUAGUCCUUCAUCUCAACUCUAAUCUCCUUGAAAGACUCAUCUUUUGGCUCUGCAUAGGAACAAUGUCUGAGAAAAUAGCUGAGAAUAUCUUGGACCAGAUUGUGGAAACACUUGCUGAGGGUGGUUCAAAGCAGAAAUCUGUGUCAUUUUUUGGGGAAGAGAAAACAAAUUUUGUCAGUUCUCAAUUCAAUCGGCUGUUUGGACGUCAGAAGCCUGUCCACCAUCUUUUGGGGGGAGGAAAAUCUGCUGAUGUGUUGUUAUGGAGGAACAAGAAGAUCUCAGCAAGUGUUUUAACUGGUGCAACAGCUAUCUGGGUGCUCUUUGAAUGGCUCAAUUACCAUUUUCUAACUCUUGUAUUUUUUGCUUUGCUUCUUGGUAUGCUUGCUCAGUUCAUUUGGUCAAAUGCUUCAGGCUUAUUCAACAGUGGCAGGUCACAUUCUCAAAUCCCUCGUCUUGUUAUACCCAAAGAGAUAUUUGUCAACAUUGCCACCUCACUGGGCGCUGAGGUUAAUCGAGCUUUGGGUUUUCUUCAGGAUGUUGCAUAUGGAGGAAACAUUAAGCAAUUUCUUGGGGUUAUAGUAGGCUUGUGGCUUGCUGCUGUGGUAGGGAGCUGGUGCAAUUUUCUGACUGUUCUGUAUGUUGUUUUUAAUUUCUUUAGGUUUUGUCGCUGCUCACACACUGCCAGUGUUAUAUGAGAGGUAUGAAGAUCAAGUUGACAGCUUUGUGUACCAGGUCAUCGAACAAAUUCAAUGUAACUAUCGGAAGCUGGAUGUUGGUGUCCUUAGCAAGAUCCCUAAGGGAAAGCUCAAUGGAAAAAAGCAUGAGUAGAAUAAUUUGGUAAAAUAACUAGGCUGUUGUGCAUUUCUCGUCAUUUAUUGAUGGGGGAUUAAAUUUAAAUGUGUUUCAGACCCAAAAAAGGGCAAGAAAACCAAUGUUUUCGGGUAGAUUUAAAUCAGUGUAUUGAAUUGAGGGAAUAAGCUGA